CUGUAGGUCUGAGUCCCCUGCCAUUUAAAAGACACCAUUCGGGCUUACAAGCAGGUCCAUGACUCUUACAGAGGAACUGCACUGCAUGUGUGACCAAAAGUGAAAAAAGGAAUAGACAUUGAAGUUCUACACCGAACAUCAAGUGAACCAGAAAUGGAAACUAUGCACAACAGUGGAAAAAGCAAGACCAAAUGGAGAGAUUAAAAGCAGUAAUUGAACAAAACAACCUUAUAGGAAAGUGACGGAAUCCUGUUGGAGGUUAAGUGAAAAGAACUCUGAAGACCCAGUUUUCCCUUUCACUUCACCAAGGAAACAGGCACCUGGAGACAUCAUGAAGGCUUUGCUUGUAUCUUUGUUGGGGCUGCGUCUCGUCAUGGGAACAGGUCACUGGUGUGAACACUCUGUGGAGGACAAACUGGAGAAUAUAAUCACCCCCCGCUUGCAGCUUGAAGUGCAGUGCUCUGAGGUGUACCAGUACAACACACAGGGCUGGAGGCUGGAUGUGGACAGAAUGCGCCACACACACGGCGGUGACGAUGGCAUUGCUCUGUAUUACAAAAGACAAGGUCCCAAGGCUUCCUGCUAUUUGUUCAAACCUGCAAACGUCGUGACUGAACGAGUGAACAGGACAGUACGGGCCUGCUGUGAAGGCUGGGGUGGUCCUCACUGCACACAGGGAGUGAGUUUUCGGGGGCUGUGUUUCUCGACGUGGAAUUGUGAAGAGUUCCCUGGUGUUCAGAACUCCUCGCUUAUGUCUCUGGAGCAAUGCUGUGGUAGCCUGUGGGGUCUAAGUUGGAAAAAUGCUUCUGAUCAGACUUGCCUUUCUUGCUCCUACACACUCUUGCCAGAUUCUCAGUCCCCACCCCUGCUUCAUGGGGGUAUCCUUGGUGGGCUUCGAGACCCCAAGGCCUCUGCGACUUGCAUGAGCUGGGGUGGAGCACAUUAUCGCUCCUUCGACAGGAAGCACUUCCAUUUCCAGGGUGGCUGCACCUACGUGCUGGCCUCCUCCACUGAUGGUACCUGGGCUGUCUACAUCAGCACUGUGUGUGAUGGCAGAGGGCACUGCAGUAAGGCACUGCGGAUGAUGUUGGGACUUGACCUAGUGUCUAUUCAUAAGAGCAACAUGUCUCUCAAUGGCCUCAUUUUACCACAGGGUGAACCUUUCUUUCAAAACGGAGUGAGUGUUCACUGGCUGGGAGAUUUUGUUUUUGUGGAGAGCGGAUUGGGGGUCAGAAUCAAGUUCGACUUGGGCAACACUGUGUAUCUAACGGUUACCGCAGAACACUUUGCUGCCACAAGAGGGCUUUGUGGAGUAUACAACAGCAAUGCAGACGAUGACUUCAUUAGUAGAAGUGGAAGCAUGUCACAGUACGCGGCCAGCUUUGGAAACUCAUGGCGUGUUCCAGAUCAACAGACAGAGGGUUGCAGUGAUGCAGCUGAGUUGGGCCACAGCUGUGAUAUCACAGGGGAUGUGAGACUGCGUAGAGGUGCAGAAUCAACAUGUCAUCAACUCAAGGAGAGCCCAUUUUCACACUGCCAUUAUCGGGUGGACCCAGGUCCCUAUGUUGAUACCUGCCUAUAUGUGUACUGCAGUCUUGGGGAUAGUGAGAGAGAAGCGGCUGUGUGUGACACGCUAGCUAGCUAUGCUCGCGAGUGUGCUCAGCAACAUGUCAUCUUCAGCUGGAGGCGUCCUGAUCUGUGUGAGCGAGUGUGUCCUGGAGGUCAGCGCUUUUCGGACUGUGUGUCCUCUUGUCCCCCCAGCUGUACCUCUGCUUUCCCUCCUGCCUCAGGGCAGUGCCGGGAGGAGUGUGUGGGGGGUUGUGAGUGCCCCCCUGGGCUUUAUCUGCAUGGGGGGAAAUGCUUGCAGAAGGAUGAUUGCCCCUGCUUCCACAGGCGACACGCAUACCAGGAGGGAGACACUGUAAAACAGAAAUGUAACACCUGUGUGUGUAAGGGAGGCCAGUGGCAGUGUUCUGUAGAAAAGUGUGCGGCUCAGUGCAGUAUUACUGGAGCGAUGCACAUCUCCACAUUCGAUAAGAAGAGGUAUAACCUCCAAGCUGGUCAAUGUCAGUUCACAGCUGUUGAGGAUUUUGUGGAUAAUAAGCUUGCAGUGACCAUCAAAGCAGGAGAGUGUGUAACAGGAAGCAGCACAGGCUGCCCACAGGAGAUGACAGUCACUGCGUACCAUACCACAGUAACUGUCACUAACACAGGCUCAGUGUUGCUGAAUGGGCAAAGAGUGCCUUUGCCAGUGUUAACAGCUGAUCUGGCGGUGAGGAGACCCUCCUCCAGCUUCCUGCUGAUCCAGGCAUUUGGGGCUCAGCUGCUGUUGCACACGGAUGGCCCUCUGAUCCUCAUCACUCUGCAGCCAGGCUUUGCUCACAAGGUGAGGGGGCUGUGUGGAACACUAACCUGGAAUCAGCACGAUGACUUCACCACACCAGAGGGGGACGUCGAGAACAGCGUGUCGACCUUCGCAGCAAAGUUCACCUCCGUGUCAUGCCAUUUACCGUCAGCAGUUACUACUGACCCGUGUAGCACCUACACACAACGUAAACAGUACGCAGAGACUGUCUGUGCUGUUAUCCACAGUGCUGUGUUUCAGGCCUGUCAUAAUGUGGUGGAGCGGGAACCCUACGUGCGCAUGUGCCUGACUGAGGUUUGCAGUUGCACCCCCAACCAGCUGUGCCACUGUGCUGUCCUCACUGCAUAUACUCAACACUGUGCCCAGGAGGGGGUCCUUGUGAGCUGGAGAAACCACACCUUUUGCCCUGUGAAGUGCUCUGGGGGGCAGGUGUAUCAGGAGUGUGGCCAGGUAUGUGGAAGCUCCUGUGCUGACCUGAAGCAAGGUUGGAGCUGUGAGGAGAACUCUGGCAGCCGGACAUGUGUGCCAGGCUGCCAGUGUCCAGAAGGUCUGGUGCAGGAUGACCAAGGCCAGUGUGUCCCGGUCAGCAUGUGCCCAUGUGUGCAUGAAGGGAUGAUCCAUCCACCUGGAAGCUCUGUGCAGAUCAGCUGUAAUAACUGCGUGUGUGGAAAUGGUGUUUGGAACUGUACUGAUGACCCUUGCCCUGAGAUCCAAGAGUGUCCAGGCUCUCUGGUCUUCUCCCCUCGCUCAUGCUUGAAGACCUGCUCCAGUCUGGAUAGCCCUCAGGCUCCCUGUACUGAGCCCAUCUAUGGCUGUGUCUGUCCUGAGGGGACUGUGCUCUUGGGAGAUCAGUGUGUGUCUCCUGAUGAAUGUCCAUGUCACCACAAUAGCAGACUUUUCUUCACCAAUGAUACCAUCUCUAAAGACUGCAACACAUGUGUAUGUAAACAGCGUCGCUGGCACUGCACCCAGUUGUUAUGUGCUGGCACAUGUGUGGCUACAGGUGACCCGCACUAUGUGACCUUUGAUGGACGCUGUUUCUCCUUUCUGGGGGACUGUGAGUACGUACUGGUCCAGGAAAUGAGUGGCCUGUUCAGCAUCAGUGCUGAGAAUGUGCCCUGCGGCAGCACUGGGGUCACCUGCACCAAGUCUGUCACCCUUACCGUUGGCAACACCGCUAUUCACCUGCUGAGGGGCAAAGCAGUGACAGUGAAUGGCAUGUCGGUGACUCUUCCUAAGUCUUACUCUGGCAGUGGUUUAGUCCUGGAGAGGAUUGGCUUGUUUGUGUCACUCUCAUCCCGUCUCGGAGUCACUCUUCUCUGGGAUGGAGGCAUGCGUGUGUAUGUGCGGCUGGAACCACACUUGCGAGGCCGAGUUGGGGGCUUAUGUGGAAACUUUGAUGGAGAUGUGGAGAAUGACUUCACCACGAGGCAAGGCAUAGUGGAGUCCACUCCAGAGCUGUUUGGGAACUCCUGGAAGGUUAGCCCGUCCUGCCCUGAUGUCACCGAGCAAGACCUGCGUGACCCCUGUGCUAUAAACCCUCACAGAGUCACCUGGGCAAAGAAGAAGUGUGCGGUGAUUACUCAGGAUCUGUUUUCUCUCUGUCAUGCUGAAGUUCCAUACCAACAAUACUACGAUUGGUGUGUUUUUGAUGCCUGCGGCUGUGAUUCCGGAGGAGACUGUGAAUGUCUGUGCACAGCCAUUGCUGCCUAUGCUGAGGAAUGUAACCGCAGAGGAGUCUAUAUCCGCUGGAGGUCUCAGGAGCUCUGCCCUCUGCAGUGUGAAGAUGGUUUAGUGUAUGAAGCAUGUGGUCCUGCUUGCACUGAUGUUUGUCCUGGAAGCACUUCCAGUCUCAAUUCUCACUGCAACACCCUCUCCUGUGUGGAAGGCUGCUUUUGCCCUCACGGCACCGUCCGCAAUGGUGACAGCUGUGUCGCUCCAGCUGAGUGUCCAUGUGAAUGGGAAGGCUCCCUUUUUCCUCCUGGAACAGAUGUAACUCAAUGGUGCCAGAACUGCUCUUGUUUUAACGGAACGUGGCAUUGCACUGGGUCAGCAUGCCCUCCCCCUACACCCUGUCUGGAGUCUGAGUUCCAGUGCUCUGGCGGCUCCCAUCGCUGUAUCCCCUCUCUCUGGCUGUGUGAUAAUGAGGAUGAUUGUGGGGAUGGCUCGGAUGAGAUUUGCCCUUCCACCUGCCCUCCUGGGCAGUUCCGUUGCUCUGCCGGUGCCUGUUUACCUGUGGAGCUUCGCUGCAAUGGCCAUCCUGACUGUGCUGAUCAGUCAGAUGAGGAGUUCUGUGCCCCUGUCACAGCAGUGCUGGGGUGUGCAGCUGGGGAGUUUCAGUGUGCUAAUGGACGCUGCCUGUCUGCAGCUAAAAUGUGUGAUGGAAGACUGGACUGUGGGUUUGCUGAUGACUCAGAUGAAAAAGACUGUGGGGUGGUGUGCUCUGAAGAUGAGUUCCGCUGCUCCUCUGGCCGCUGCAUUCUCUAUCUCCAUCGCUGUGAUGGUCAUGAUGACUGUGGUGACUUCAGUGAUGAACGGGGGUGUGUGUGCACUCCUGGAGAGUUCCAGUGCCCUGGAGAUCAAUGUAUACCUGCAAAGAGUGUGUGUGACGGCCAAAAGGACUGUCCAUCUGGGAUUGAUGAAGUCAUCUGUCCUGUUAAAGGUUGUAGUCAGUAUGAGUUUGGCUGCGCGAAUGGUCAGUGUGUGCCGCUGGGCUGGCGGUGCGAUGGAGAGACUGACUGUCUGGAUGGAAGUGAUGAGCAGCAGUGUGACCGUAUUUGUGGACCUAAUGAAGUCCUCUGUCUGAGUGGAGACCAGUGUGUCCAGCACAUGCAUCUGUGUGAUGGUACACCACACUGCAGAGACGCCUCUGACGAGAGUGUGGACAAUUGCGGCUCCACAUGGAUCCCACCAUGUCCCGGCAGCUUUUCAUGUGAUAACAGAACUUGUGUGAACAUAUCCCGCGUGUGUAAUGGCAUUCCUGAUUGUCCAAGAGGAGAAGAUGAGCUAUUGUGUGAAAAGCCCAGCUCCUCAACUGCUCCUCCUGGUGGCUGGAACACCACUUACACCUGUCCUGAAUUCACCUGCAUGGAUGGAUCCUGUGUCCCUUUCAAAUCAGUUUGCAAUGGAGUAGCAGACUGUCCCGAUGCUUCAUUGCUCAUGGCUGAGGGCCCCUCAGAUGAACAGGGUUGUCGAAACUGGGGCCCAUGGGGGUCCUGGAGCUCCUGCAGCCACACCUGUGGGGCUGGCACUAUGAGCAGGCGCAGACACUGCCCCCUAGGGGAUGCACUGGGACAGUGCAGGGGCGAAGAUACGCAAAGACAGCAGUGCUACUCCUCAGCAUGUCCUGUUGAUGGACAUUGGUCAGCAUGGACAACUUGGUCUAACUGCAGUAAAGGUUGUGGGGGAGUGGAGCUCCGUCAAAGAGCUUGUGUUCCACCACAGAACGGAGGCCGAGCCUGCACAGAGCUUUCAGGGAAAACAGCUCUGACCACAGAGAUCAAUCCAUGUCCUCAGGAUGCCUGCGCUAAUGUCUCCUGUCCAGCUGGUCUGGUCACUCACAGUUGUGCCUCUUGCCCUAAGACUUGCGCGCACAUAUCCAGUGGCACCUCCUGUGACCCCGGUGCGCCAUGCUUCACAGGUUGUUGGUGUCCAGAGGGGAAGGUCAUGAACCAUCUACAGCAGUGUGUGUUGCCAGAGGAGUGUGUAUGUGAAGUGUCAGGUGUCCGGUACUGGCCAGGGCAGCAGAUGAAGAUGGGCUGUGAGAUUUGUAGGUGUGAGAGUGGCAGACCCCAGCACUGCCAGGCCAACCCUGAGUGCUCAGUACACUGUGGUUGGUCAUCAUGGUCACCAUGGGGGGAGUGUUUGGGUCCAUGUGGAGUGCAGAGUGUCCAGUGGUCUUUUCGCAGCCCGAACAACCCCUCCAAACAUGGCAAAGGCAGGCAGUGCCGUGGGAUUUACCGGAAAGCUAGACGCUGUCAGACAGAACCUUGUGAGGAGUGUGAGUAUCAGGGUCGCACACAUGCAGUGAGUGAUCGCUGGAAAGUGGGGCAGUGCCAGCUUUGUCAAUGUUUACCCAACCUCAUAGUACAGUGUGCCCCUUUCUGCCCAUAUUCCUUCACUGGAUGCCCUCAGGGACAGACUCUGAUCCCAGGAGAAGGAGACAAGUGUUGCUAUUGUGAAGACAAAGGUGGCAAUGGCAGCACCGUUCUCCCAACCACUCCAGAAGCUCUACCGAUUACCAUUGAGUCCUCCACAGCACCAAAGGAUGCACCAUUUGUGCCAACAUUUCCUCUUCCACCCGGAGAUGAGUGUUGGUCUCCUCUGGGUGUCCAGUCUCUUCCUGCCUCAAGCUUUAGUGCCUCCUCCCAGCAGCCGGGUCACCCAGCCUCUGCUGGACGCCUCCAUGCAUCUGACCCCCAGAGUGACCUGCAAGGCUGGAGUCCUGAGCCAGAGCAGUACAGAGAGCUGCCAGCGUCCACCCCCCUCAGCUACACGCACAACAACCAGGCCCCUUACCUACAGAUAGACCUGCUCAGACCAUACAACAUUACAGGGCUCCUUACCCAAGGUGGAGGACUGUUUGACAUCUUUGUGUCCAGUUUCUAUCUGCAGUUCAGCAGUGAUGGCAGCCAGUGGUACACCUACAAAGAGCUCAUCACAGAUGCCCGCCCUAAAGCCAAAGUAUUUCUGGGUAACCAUGAUGACCGAGGUGUGGCCCAGAUCAAGUUGGACAGGAUGGUGUUGGCUCAGUUUGUGAGAGUGAUGCCUCAUGACUUCCAGAAUGGCAUUUAUCUCCGAGUGGAGCUCAUGGGCUGUGGAGGAGAGUAUGAGUGGUUGUCCACUCGUGGACCCUCAGUGUCCAUGCGUCCUUCACUCAGGCCCUGCAGAGAGAGAGAGUUUCAGUGCGGAAAUGGCCGCUGCGUGUCCACUGGGCCGCAAGGAGUCCUCUGUGAUGGGAUCAAUGAUUGUGGAGAUGGUUCAGACGAACUCAACUGUGGCACACAUCCAUCCUCUACCCAGAGCCCCAGAGGGUGCUCCAAGGGUCAGUUCUCUUGCCCUCCUCCAGGGGGCUGUAUUGAGUCAACAGCACGCUGUGAUGGUGUCCCUCAGUGUCCAGAUGGAGCAGAUGAGAGAGGUUGUGUCCCCUACACAAACAUCACCCAUGUCACCCCCACCCCCGUUCCACUCAGGACACCCAGCAUGGCGGCCGUUACGACAGCAAACACACCAACUACCACAACACAUGGUGGAGGCCCUGGGUACAGAGGUAUAUGCUCCUCUCCUCUGGGCCUUGAGGAUGGGCGAGUUCACUACGGUCAGCUGACCUCUUCGUCAUCCAGAGAGAAUAACCCAGCUGACGCAGGCCGCCUCAACGUCGUCCCUAAUGUUUUAGUGAUGGAGCCUGGCUGGAGCCCGUUGCCAGGAGACCCCCACCCCUACUUACAGGUGGAUUUCCUGGAGCCCACCUGGAUUUCAGGGGUAACCACCCAGGGCAGUGAGCGCAUGUGGGGCUACCUCACCAAGUACCGUUUGGCUUUCGCCCUGGCUGAGAACUACUUCACUGACUUCACAGAGACUGGGGUCAGGGGUUCAGCCCCGAAGAUCUUUGAGGUGCGGAUGGUGGGCAGAACUCCAGUCACGCGCUGGCUGGACAGGCUGGUCAGGGCUCGAUACCUGCGUAUCAUACCUGUACAGUACCGCCACACUUUCUACCUUCGAGUGGAGAUCCUGGGCUGCAGAGGAGAAGAGCUGGUCACUCCCAGCAGCUCCAAAGUAUCCACAGUGCCCCCUAGUGUUGGAGUAGUCACUGUGACACAAUGUGAGCCGGAUCAGUUUGCUUGUCUGAGUGGGGACUGUGUACCUGUCACAGCUCUCUGUAAUGGCAGAUUGGACUGUACAGACCACUCAGAUGAGCUGGGCUGUGGCACAGUUCCCACUCCAGGAUUACCAGGGUUACAGAAUCACACUGCAUCGACCGGAAGCCCUGGCUAUCAGGACUACACGCCUGGCCCACCGGGUCUGCAUACCAAGAGUCCACAGGAUGGUCGUCCUGGUGUGUCUACUGUUUCUCCUAUUGUGCCAGGAUUAAAGGACAUGACAACGCCUCAUGAUGGUGGCUUACCUCGGGUGUUGUGUGUGGAGGGUCAGUUCACUUGCAGGAGCGUUGGCUGUGUGGACGCAGAGCUCGUUUGUGAUGGACGUGAGGAUUGCCCUGAUGGCUCAGACGAGGAUCGCUGUGAUUUCUCCACACUACCUCCACCAACGCCUACACACCGUCCAGUGGUGCCCAGCCCGUGCUCUGCCAAACAGUUCACCUGUACCAGUGGAGAGUGUGUGCAUCUAGACAAGAAGUGUGACCUCCACAAAGACUGUGCUGAUGGCUCAGAUGAGAGAGACUGUGUGGACUGUGUGAUGUCUACGUGGACAGCUUGGAGUCAGUGCAGUGCAUCCUGUGGCCUGGGUUCUCUGUUUCGCAAGCGGGAGAUCCUGAGAGAUGCACGGGCAGGGGGCUCCUGUGGUGGGGCUCAGUUUGACAGCAGGGCCUGCUUUCUCCAGGCCUGUCCAGUGGAUGGGCAAUGGGCAGAGUGGAGUGAGUGGUCAGAGUGCGAUGCAACAUGCAAUGGUGGUCUUAGGGUGAGAAACAGAUCCUGCUCGAACCCUCCAGCGAAAAACAGUGGGAAGGAGUGUGAGGGGAUGAUCAUGCAGACUCAGAGCUGCAACACACAGCCAUGCGGACCCGACACAAACUCUAAGACAGGCUGCACUAAUGGCCUGGUGCUGGUGACAGAGUUGGACUGUGCAGAGGGGAGAGUGGAGCCAUGUCCUCUGACCUGCUCUGACCUUCAUUCUGAGAAGAACUGCUCCACCCACUGUCUAACAGGAUGCCGCUGUCCAGCAGGUCUGUUUUUUCAGGAUGGCCACUGUGUCAAUGCCAGCAAGUGUGUGUGCUUAUUGGAAGGAUCAGAGCUGCAGCCAGGAGAGCAGGUCGUCAUAGACAACUGUACUGUCUGUGUGUGUCAAGAUGGCAGUGUUUCCUGUGACAACUCCAGCUGUAUCUCCAAAUGUAAUUGGUCAGCCUGGUCCUCAUGGACCUCUUGUGAUGGCAGCUGUGGCACUGGCAUACAGCAGCGAUUUAGGUCUGCCCUGACUCCUUCUGGAGCGAUGCAUGUAGAGGCGUGCGAAGGAGACUCAGCAGAAGCACGGCGAUGUUACUCACCCUGUCAGCCAGGUUCAGAAGAAGCUCCAUGGAGUGAGUGGACGAUGUGGUCUGAGUGCAGUAAGACGUGUUUCCAUCAUGUGGAUGCUGUGGGAAUGAGACGGCGCUUUAGAAGCUGUAACCAUACUGACUCAAACCCGCCUUGUGUUGGGGAGGGGGAAGAACAGGAGCCCUGCAACACGAUGCACUGCCCAGUGAACGGUGGUUGGUCUGAAUGGUCUCCGUGGUCUGAGUGCUCGUCAGAGUGUGAUUCUGGAACUCAGAUUCGAGAGCGUUUCUGUAGUUUCCCUCCUCCUCUGUAUGGAGGCAGCAGCUGCCUGGGUCCUCACAUACAGACUCGAGACUGCAACUCCCAGCCCUGCUCAGGUGUGUGUCCCACUGGUAUGACUUUCUUGACUACAGAGCAGUGCCAAGCUCAGGGUGGUGCAUGCCCACGUGUGUGUCUUGAUGCCACAGCCUCGGUUCAGUGUGCUACAGAGUGUUAUGAUGGCUGCUACUGUUCUCCAGGCCUCUACCUGUUCAACAACACCUGUGUGCCUCUCAGCCAUUGCCCCUGCUACCACCAGGGGGUGCUCUACACACAUGGUGCCACUGUGCCACAUGACACAUGUAACAACUGCACGUGCAUUAAUGGAGAGAUGCAGUGUGGUACAGCACCCUGUCCUGUUGACUGUGGCUGGACUGAAUGGACGUCCUGGAGCACAUGCAGCAGGACAUGUGAUGUGGGCAUCAGGAGGCGGUACCGCUCAGGGACCAAUCCACUGCCGGCAUUUGGGGGACGUCCUUGUGAGGGCGACCGUAUGGGGCUGGACACAUGUAGCAUCUACCCUUGUAGUGGUGUUAAGGGACCUUGGAGUGCAUGGUCUGAAUGCUCAGUGCCAUGUGGUGGUGGAUACAGGAACAGAACACGUGGUCCAAUCAGAAGCCAUGGCACACCCCAGCAGUUUAGUGCCUGCAACCUACAGCCUUGUGGUGAUGGGAGUGGUUGUGCUGUGGGUCAGGAGUGGACAGCCUGUGUGAGAGAAGUGCUGCUCUGCUCAGAUUUGGGGUCAGAGAAUGUGAUGAACUCCACAUGUUUCUCAGGAUGCCAGUGUCCCCAGGGCACUGCCCUACAGGAUGGCAGCUGUGUGCCACUGUCUCUGUGCCGCUGUGAUGUAGAUGGUGAACAGUAUGAGCCUGGAGCAGUGGUCCCAAAAGGCUGCAACAACUGCACUUGUGAAUCAGGAAAACUGGUGAAUUGCACGCAUUUUAAGUGUAACGUGAAUGGGGGGUGGUCAGUCUGGACUCCAUGGAGUGUGUGUUCGGUGACGUGUGGUGCUGGAUUGCAGUCACGCUACCGGUUCUGUUCCAGUCCUGAGCGUGCUGGCAAUGGACUGCCCUGCCUGGGGCCGGACCGCCAGGACCAAGUGUGCGUCCUCUCACCAUGUAGCCGUGAUGGAGGUUGGAGUGAGUGGACUUCCUGGACAGACUGCACUAAGUCAUGUGGUGGAGGUGUGAGGAGCCGCCGGCGUGAGUGUGACAGGCCAGCCACUGAGAGAGAGGGAGACUUCUGUGAAGGGCUAAAAACUGAACUUAUUGCUUGCAACAUGGACCCCUGCCCAGUGAGUCCGUGCUCAGCUGUGCCAGGCUCUGUGUUCAGUAGCUGUGGACCAUCGUGUCCCCGUACCUGCGAUGAUCUGGCUCACUGUGAGUGGCGUUGUGAAGCUGGCUGUUACUGCACUGAUGGGAAAGUGUUGAGCGUUAAUAACACCGCUUGCAUAGAGAAAGAGCAGUGUCCAUGUCUCAACCUUAACACCGGCCAGCGCGUUGACCCUGAGGACACAGUCCCCUCUCCAGACAGCUGCAACAACUGUACCUGUACUGGAGGACAGCUCAACUGUAGCAAUGACCCAUGUCCAGUGGAAGGGGGCUGGUGUGAAUGGUCCAGCUGGACUCCUUGUUCUAAGACAUGUGGUGCUGAGUGGGUCUCUCGCUAUAGGAGCUGUGCUUGUCCAGAGCCUAAAGCUGGAGGGGCAGCAUGCCCAGACCAGCAAGAAGAACAUGGUGGCCUUGGGGUGCAGAUCCAAAGACAGCAAUGCCCAUCCAUCACCUUCUGUCCAGUUCAUGGUUCAUGGGGCUUGUGGAGUACAUGGUCAGAGUGUGAUGCAUGUGCGGGUGUGUCUGUAAGAAAGCGGGAGUGUAACAGCCCCCCUGCCCGGUUUGGGGGUCUACCAUGCCACGGAGAGCACAUCCAGAGCCGCGGCUGCCAUGACAACCAAACCAUCUGCUCAGACUGCGAAGGUGGUCAGGAGGAGUGGCCUUGUGGGAAGCCAUGCCCUCGUUCCUGUGAAGAUCUCCAUGGUGACACAGAGUGCCUGGACACACCCGGCUGCAGUCAGAGCUGUGGUUGCCCUGGAGACAUGGUUCUGCAGGACGGAGUGUGUGUUGAGAGAGAGGAGUGCCGCUGUAAAUUCCACAACAGCACCACUGGGGUUGUCAGUAUCAGCAAUACUUCAUGGGAGUGGCCAGGCAGGAUGGAUUGGCAGUAUGCAAAUUCAGGAGAGAGCAUCAUCAGAGACUGCAGCAACUGCACCUGUGAGGCAGGUGUCCUGAACUGCGACUCAGUUCCUGGUUGCCAUGUUGAUGGCGGAUGGAGCCAAUGGGGACCCUGGUCAGAAUGUUCAGUCCCAUGUGGGGGUGGAGUCAAGCUGCGGCUUCGUCAGUGUAAUAAUCCUGCCCCUCAGGGAGGUGGGAGAGAGUGCAGUGGAGCUGGUGACCAGCAGCAGGAGUGUAACAGUCAUUCCUGCACAGACACUGGCCCGUGGUAUGAUUGGUCAGCAUGGUCUGUGUGCUCUGUGACUUGUGGAGGAGGAGAACAGAGACGCAGGCGUCGCUGCCGCACUCCCCCCUGCGCUGGCAUGACACGCCAGAGCAAAACCUGCAACACACAGGUGUGCCUAGAGGUGGGCUGCCCCCCGGGCCGCUUGUACCGGGAGUGUGAGAGAGGUGAGGGUUGUCCUUUCAGCUGUGCUCAACUCAGUGGCCUUGAAGGCUGCUACUCAGAGGGAUGUGAGGAGGGCUGCCACUGCCCAUUCAACACCUACCAGCACAACGGAACCUGCAUGCAGGAGUGUCCAUGCCUUGUGGACAGAGAGCUCUUGACCUCACUUCAGAGAGUGUCUGUAACCCCGGAGUUAACUCCAGACCUGCAGAACAUUACUAUGGGAACAGAGCUCAGGUCUGGAGAGGAGCUGAUGCAUGAGUGUAGCUCCUGUUUGUGUCAGCAUGGCCUGUGGAACUGCUCUCUGGUGCCCUGUCCUCGUGAUGGGGGUUUGACCUCGUGGGGCCCCUGGGGGUCCUGCUCGAUCAGCUGUGGGGGUCUGGGGCAAAAAAUUCGCAGCAGAAGCUGCUCUCAGCCCAGCCCCACCCAUGGGGGUCGAGACUGUGUGGGAGCCCUACAGGAAACAGCGUACUGCCAAACUCCAGACUGCCCAGUGAAUCUACGUCCUACAGAAGAACCUCCUCUAUCAGAUGAAGACAUAGGGUUCUCUCAGUGGUCAGCUUGGAGUACAUGUUCUAAAACCUGUAGUGAUGCAGGUGCUCCUGCAGUGAAGUCUCGUAAGAGAGAGUGCAUCAGUGCACCCUGCUCAGGACAGAACAGACAAGAGAAAAUCUGCAACAUCCCACAGUGUCCUGAUGGUGGGGUGUGCAUGGGUGAAGUGUGUGCCCACAGGAACUGCUCGUGGACACAGUGGAGUGAGUGGAGUGCGUGUUCACGCUCCUGUGGGGUGGGCCAGCAGCAGCGCUUCAGGAGCUUCCUUGCCCCGGGUGUUAACGGAACCUGGUGUCCGGACAUCCUCGGGGGCAAUGUGGAGAACCGCUUCUGCAACAUCCGCGCAUGCCGUGUGGAUGGGAGUUGGUCUCGCUGGAGUCCAUGGUCACGCUGUGAUAAGGCAUGUGGGGGUGGCCGCUCAAUCCGGACGCGCUCCUGCUCCAGCCCUCCCCCUAAAAACGGGGGGUGGAACUGUGUUGGAGAGAAGAACCAAGUCAAACCUUGCAACACCAAACCAUGCGAUGAGCGUGGGUGCCCGCCAGGUCAGGAGUUCGUGCCUUGUGCUAAUGAAUGCCCUCAGCGAUGUUCUGACCUACAGCAAGGCAUUCAGUGCCACAGCAAUACUGAGUGCCAGCCAGGCUGCCGCUGCCCUCGAGGAGAGCUGCAGCAAGAUGGGGUGUGUGUGAAGCUGUGGCAGUGCGACUGUGUGGAUGCUGCAGGUCAGAGCUGGGCUGCAGGCAGCCAGCACCAGGUUGACUGCAAUAACUGUAGCUGCACAGAUGGACUGCUUCUCUGCACCAACCACACCUGUGCAGGGGACAGCAGCUGCUCAUGGAGCUCCUGGUCCAGCUGGGCCUCCUGCAGCGCCACCUGCGGGUCAGGACAGAGAACACGCUUCAGAUCACUGAUUCCAGAGUCUCCAGAUGUUGACUGUCAGUUUGAGGAAGUUCAGCACAAAUCAUGUGACCUAGGGCCCUGCCCCCCGCUGUGUCUCCAUGACAACCAGGAGCUGUCUGUCGGAGACACAUGGUUGCAAGGAGAAUGUAAACAAUGCACAUGUAUCCCUGAAGGAGAGUACUGCCAAGAUAUUGACUGCGAAGUGGACGGUGGCUGGACUCCUUGGUCUGUAUGGUCUGACUGCUCUGUGACAUGCGGUCGGGGAACACAAAUCCGUAGCCGAGCCUGUAUCAACCCCCCUCCCCGCAACAAUGGCACCCACUGCUCUGGACCAGAACAAGAGGCCCAGGACUGCCACACUGCUCUCUGUCUGGAUGACCUAUGUCCGUGGUCUAUCUGGUCACCGUGUUCGCGGAGCUGUGGUGCAGGAGUGGCGUCCAGACGCAGGCAGUGUGUGUGUGAGGAGGAAGGUGACCACUCUUGUCCUGACCACAUAGAGGCAGAGAGGGACAGAGAGGAGACUCGGCUGUGCUACACGAGACCCUGCCCAGACUGUCCCAUGUCCCAGUGGAGUGAGUGGACGGUGUGUUCCUGUGUGUCUCCAUGGCAGCAGCGCUAUCGUGCACCACUCUCUACUACCACUAGGGGACAGCACUGCACAGAGCUUGAGCGGCAGAGCAGACCCUGCAAACUUCAGGACUGUCAGAACUGUACAGAGCCCUUCCAGCUGGACUGCGCUUCUCCAUGUGAGAAGCAGUGUGUUCUGCAAGGCCAGGUGGAUGCUUGCGGGGGUCAGUCGGGCUGCACGGAUGGGUGCUACUGCCCUCAGGGUCUGCUGCAGCAGAACGAGACAUGUGUACCCCCAGAGCAGUGUGGCUGUAUUCACCUCCUGCAACAGGACUCAGGCCUACCUCUUCCUGUCACUGUCCCACAGGGGAAGCAAAUCACUGUAGGCUGCAGCACAUGCUUAUGCCAUGAAGGAUCUUUGCAGUGUGAUUCUCGAGAAUGUGAAGUGUCACUCAGUGAGUGGUCAGAGUGGACUCCCUGCUCUCCUUGUGUUCCUGCCUCCUCUCUUCUCCAAUCUGGCUCUGCAGUGGACGGAGGUGGAGGUGCUGGAGUGCAUGCGACUGCUGCUACUCUGGUGUCAGUGCAGAGGCGUUACCGGGCGUGUCUGGAUGUUGACUCUGGUUUGCCUAUUAAUAGCAGAGAAGGGGAGUGCUCUAAACCUCUGGAAGAGGAGAGAAUAUGCCCCCAACCUGACAUCUGCAAAGACCUAUGCCAGUGGAGUGUGUGGGGACCGUGGAGUGUGUGCCAGGACCCAUGUAGUGGUGGAUUCCGCCAGCGUGAGCGCAAAGCCUUAGCAGCCACCCCUGGGCCUCACUGCCCAAGACAGCAGAGCCAGUCACAGAGUUGUAACACUGGCCUCUGUCCUGGUGAGCGGUGUGAAGACAGGGGGCGUGUCUAUGAGGCUUCCUGUGCCAAUCAGUGUCCACGGAGCUGUGCUGAUCUGUGGGAGCAUGUGCAGUGUCUGCAGGGAGUCUGUCACCAAGGCUGCCGUUGUCCUGACGGCUGGCUGCUACAGGAUGGUGAGUGUGUGAGAGUGUCAGCCUGUCGCUGUGGACUUCCCACAGAGAACGGCACCCUUCAGCUUACGCCUGGACAGAAUGCCACAGUCAACUGCAACACCUGUGUGUGUGUAAAUGGGUCACUGGUGUGUACCGACCAGCCAUGCCCAGUGUACGGCUCAUGGGGGUCCUGGAGUGAGUGCUCAGUGUCGUGUGGCAGUGGACAGAGAACACGCAGUCGUCCCUGCACUCACACUGCGGGAGGCCCACCCUGUGCAGAGACUGAAGAGAAACAGACCUGCACUCAGCCUCCCUGUCCAGCUUCUUGUGUACUGAACGAGUGGUCCUCCUGGAGUGAGUGCAGCGCCUCCUGUGGAGGGGGAGUGUCAGUUCGCAGUAAAAGUAUUCUACAGGAGCCUGAGCCUGGAGGACUGGCCUGCCCAUCUCCUAUUGAGCAGCACACGGUCUGCAAUACCAAUAGCUGUCUGCCUGAGUGUCCUGUGGGUCAGGUGUUCAGUGUGUGUGCAGGAUCGUGCCCAUUCUCCUGCCAGGAUCUGUGGCCUGAGAGUGAGUGUGUGCCAGGAGCCUGUAGCCCUGGCUGCGCCUGCCCUCCUGCUACAGUUAUGUUUAAUGGGACGUGUGUGCCGCACUACGAGUGCCCCUGCUCGCCUCUCUCUCUGUUACUGAUGUUCCCCAACAUCACAUUGAGUACCCCACAGGAGCAAGUGCCCCCUGGGACUAUUGUACCACACCUCUGCAAUACUUGUGUGUGUGAAAAUGGAGUGUUCAACUGCACAGAGGAGCCUUGUGAUGUGGACUGUGAAUGGAGCAGCUGGUCAGAGUGGAGCUCAUGUUCAGCAUCCUGUGGCUCUGGACUGCAGAGCUCUAGCCGCUAUGUACUAGAGCCCAGACAGUAUGGGGGCCAUGAGUGUGAGGGCCCCAGCAACAGGAGCAGAGUCUGCACAGAGCCUGACUGUGGAUGUCCGGAGGGCGAGCGCUGGAGACGAAGUAUGUCAGAGGCAGAGCGUGUGUGUGAGAGGGGGUGUGUGGACAUGUACAAAGCUGAACCGCUGAACUGCACCACAACAAACGCCAUCUCAGAGGGAUGCGUAUGUGAGGACGGGCGCUAUCGCAACGCAGACGGCCGGUGUGUGAUCCCUGCUCUCUGUCAGUGUGAGGAGGAGGAUGGCACACUGCGAGAGCCUGGAUCUGAGUGGGAGGAAGAUUGCCAAACCUGUCACUGUGUCAAUGGCCUAAAGCAGUGUAAAACUAGCUGCCCCACACUUCAGUGUGAACAGGGUGAAGUCAAGGUGCUGGAAGCUGGGCAGUGUUGCCCUGUCUGCAGGAAAGAGUACACAGGAGAUCCACUGGCCCAGUGCCACCACCAUACUGAGGUCAGGAACAUCACCAAGGGCGACUGUCGUCUGGACAAUGUGGAAGUCAGCUUCUGCAGGGGGCGCUGUUUGUCUGGAACAGAUGUGAUUCUGGAGGAGCCCUACCUGCAGGUUGUGUGUGACUGCUGCAGUUAUAGGCUGGACCCCCAGAGUCCUGUGCGCUUCCUGAGUCUGCGUUGUGCCAAUGGAGAGAGUGAGCCUGUGGUGCUGCCCGUCAUAGACAGCUGCGAGUGUACCAGCUGCCAGGGAGGAGAUCUGUCCAGACGUUGAGUUGCUUUGGAGGGAUGAACAACUUUGGAGAAAAAAUAUCCUGUAACACCUCCAGUAUACUUUUAUGUAGCUUGUAGUCAUUAUAUGACUGAAAUAUUUUAUAGAGUACUUUCUGAAGCUCUCAGAUUUAUCUAUAUUCUGUACAGCUUUUAAAUUAUGGGUUUUAUGAGUUAAUCAAUUAUUUUUACUCAUUUUUUACUUUUCAUUUUUAUAUAUGCUGUCACAUUGAAUUGCAAGUUGAGCUUCAUUAGUCAAUUUUGUGCUCUACACUGUGCUCAUACAUACAUACAUACAUACAUAUAUAUAUAUUCUGUUUGAUUUCAUUGACUUUGGUUUAUGUUUAUAUAAUUAGUUCUAAAUAUAUUGUUUUAUUAUUGAAAGGGGCCAAAGUAAGGGGUGCUGUGUACAACACAGGCCUGCUCACAAUCAGUGUAUUUGUAUGUAUUUUAUGUGUAUUAUAUUUCUUUAGUUCUUUGCAGGGACUGAACAUCCCAAAGAUGAUGGAAAAAACAAAAAAAAUGUUCAUGCUGGAAGCAAAUCCUGGCUUUAACAGCAGCUUUUAUUAGGAUAAGUGAUGAAAGGUUUAACAGAAAGCUUUUGGUUCCUGAGUUUAAAAGAAUUUGUCCCUUUUAAACCUAAUGUAUUUGCCACAUCAUAACAAACUUUAUUUAGUUUAGAUUAUAAGGACAUUAAUAAACCUUUCUGUAAAUGUACCGGUUUAACCCACUUACCUAACUUUAACUAUAUCUAAUAUGGCAAAUUACCACAGGUAAUUCUUUUCAUGAGAAGAACAAAAGAACUGGUGGCUCAAAAUACAGUGUGGGAGAGCAGACCACAAAUUAAUGCUGGGUAAAGUUUAACAUGCUCUUGUUGAAGAUGCUUUUAGGCAAGUUCUUGAAUCCACAUAUUAUCAUCUGCGAAUUUUGACCGCAAUCGGACAGACAUUUCUUAAAAUUCAACCCGAAACCUGUUUUUGUACCACAAAAUAUUUUUUUUCAUCAUAAAUGUUUCUUGAUUUCUAAGUUGUCAUGUAAGUCAUAAUUAACCUCCUGGUGUCUGUGCUAUGACACCAUUUGAAGCAUGUAAACAACUCAGAGUAAGAGCUAGUCAGGCUAAAGUUGCCAUAUGGUGGGGUUAGCUUUAGUAGUGUUACAUCUGAGCCUCCCAACGAGAACAGUGGUCUGUGCAUCCCACACAUCGGUUAAAAAGAGUUUUUUAAAAGUUUAUUUAUGCAUAUAUUAACCAGAAAGAAAAUAUAGGUAAUUAGAUUUUGUAUUGUUGAUAUUUUCUGUUUUACUUUGUGCUGAAAUUAAGUUUGUUGUCUCUUUUCACCAAUCAUAUUUAUCUUGAUGCAUUUAUUUGCUGUAUUUCGGUUGUGUGAUCCAAACACCGAAUAGUUUGUUUCUUUCUUUACUUCUUUGUUUAGUUUUACCAGCCUUUUAAGCAAAUGUUACAACAAGCCUCUCCAUCUAUUACAAUGAACCCUGCCUAUAGGUGACGUUUGUCUGAAGUGUUCACAACUAACAGGUCCAGGAAACAAAGUUUGUUUUUAUAUGUAGGUUGCUUAUAUUAAAAAACUU